AUGGCGACUCAGCACUACCAGGCCCCUCCUCUUCCUAUCAACGUUCCCUCUAAGGCACCGACCUCUGCCAAUCUCUAUCCCAUCAGCCGCGUUUCGGGAUCGCCGCCAGAUGUGUCUGAUACUAGCACCACGGCGGGAAGUCGCACCUCCGCUGGCUUUAGCUACAGCUCAGGGAGCAUCAGCGGCGACUACGAGUCAAGCUCUGCGUCGUAUUCUGGUGUCGAUGUUGUCGAGGUUUUGUGUGACCGCAUGCAGAAUGUGUUUGAUCCUACGCCCUUGGACAAAGGGUUGGCAAGACAGGCACAAGCCUCCGGUCAGCUAAACGCCAAACAACGAGAGCUUCUUGAAUUGCAAGCUCUUGCCCAGCGACGACUGCAGGGGGCCCGUUCCAACUUCUCUGACGGCAUCAAAGUAGCUCGAGAGACUAAACGAGAUCUUGAAUGGACUCAAAAGCGCGUGAGUGCACUGAAGGCAAAAGCCGAGGCUGUUCAUCCCGAGGAAUACCGACGAGCGACGAAGAAAUACACCUAUAAUGAUGAAUACUGA